AUGCUGUUAGCUGUAACAACAUAUCGACAAUUUUUAUCUCAAGUAAACCAUAAAAGUUUUCGUCAAUUAUUUCAAAUGUCUAACAAAUCAUCUGCUGUUGCUGAUCAAGCUAAAAACUUAAUCAAACAUAAUACGGUUGUGGUAUUUUCAAAAACAGCCUGUCCUUAUUGUGUAAAAGAUAAUGUGAUUAUGGAUGGUGUUGUAACUAAAAAUCAAAUAGAUGAUGGUAAUUCGUAUCAACAAGUAUUAGGUGAAAUUACAUCAGCGCGCUCAGUUCCCCGCAUAUUUGUCGCUGGUAAAUGUAUUGGUGGUGGAGAUGAUACAAAAGCUUUGGAUAAAAAAGGAGAAUUAGAAAAAAUGUUAAAAAAGGCAGAUGCUAUUCAAGAUUAA